AUGCCGAGCCAGCCGGGCUUUGCUGUCGCCAUCUCGGUGAUGAUGGUUGUCACCGGAUCUCUUAAUACCAUUUCUGCUAAAUGGGCUGACAGUCUUAAGGCUGAAGGAGUUGCUUUCAAUCACCCAUUCCUCCAGGCUGCUUGUAUGUUUUUUGGAGAGUUCCUCUGCCUCAUUGCAUUCUUCUUGAGUUUUGCUUACAAGAAGCAUCGUUGGUCCCGUCUCAACAUUCAAGGCGAUGAAGCCUCUAUCAUUGAUAUAUCGUCUGGACCGCAACCCACUCUUCCAAAGUUCAGUCCAUAUGUAUUCCUCUUCCCCGCUUGUUGUGAUAUCUUGGCUACCUCCAUCAUGUACAUCGGAUUGAAUCUGACUACUGCCAGUUCUUUCCAGAUGCUUCGAGGAGCUGUCAUCAUUUUUACGGGAUUGUUGUCGGUUGGAAUGCUCGGUGCUUCUAUCAAGCCUUACAAAUGGAUCGGAAUGUUGUUUGUUAUGCUGGGAUUGAUUGUAGUUGGAGUUACCGAUAUUGUGUAUGAUGACGAUCCGAUGGCUGACAAGAACGCUAUUAUCACAGGUAAUCUCCUGAUUAUCAUGGCUCAAAUCAUCGUUGCCAUUCAAAUGGUUUAUGAGCAAAAAUAUUUAUUGCAAUAUGAUGUACCCGCUUUAUUGGCAGUCGGUCUUGAAGGACUUUUCGGAUUCAUUAUCCUUUGUGUUCUCAUGGUACCCAUGUACUACAUUCAUGUUCCAAGAACAUUCUCCACAAACCCUGAAGGACGUUUAGAGGAUGUGUUCUAUGCCUGGAAAGAAAUCACUGAGGUACCAACUAUUGCUUUGGCUCUGACCGGUACCGUUGUCAGUAUUGCUUUCUUUAACUUUGCUGGAGUCUCUGUUACUAAGGAACUCUCUGCAACAACUCGUAUGGUCUUGGACAGUGUUCGAACCUUGAUCAUCUGGGCUGUUAGCAUUCCUCUCUUCGGUGAAGAGUUCAUUGCUGUUCAACUUACUGGUUUUGCUUUGUUGAUUCUCGGAAUGUUUGUAUACAACGACAUUCUUAUCGGACCUUACUUCAGACGAGUAAUUAUUCCUAAUCUUGGAGAACAGAACGUCUGUACCAGAUGCUGGUUCACUAUCUGUGGAGUUGACUUGGAAGACGGUGAAGAUAAUAGCUUGUUGGAGGAGAACUAUGAUUAA